UUCUCUGUCAGCAAGUUAACAAUGGAGCAGCUCAACUUCACUGCUGUCACCACCAACUUUUCCAACAUCUCUUCCACUCUGGCUCCUCUACAAGUCAUCUCUGGAAGCUCUAAACGUCUGGUCCCUGGGAUUGUCCUGUCUCUCUGUUUCGUGCUGGGCGUUCCAGGUAACCUCGCAGUGAUAGUGUUCCUCUGGCGAAAUUCCCAGCAACUGUCCAGUCUGAGCCGCAGUUUGAUGCUGAACUUGGCUGUGUCAGACCUCAUGUGCUUGAUCACCCUGCCACUGUGGAGUUACGCUCUACUCAAUACCUGGAUCUUUGGUUCAGUGACAUGUAAAGUCCUGACGUAUGUUCUGUACUGUGGCAUCUAUGGUAGUCUGCUGAGUGUAACUACACUGAGCAUCCAGCGCUACCUCCAGGUGGUUUGGCUGCAGAACAGACUGAACCAGGUGGGGCAGAGGGGGAUACUGGUUCUGCUCUGGAUCAUGGAAAUGAUCUUGGCCAUCCCUGCUGUGAUAUUUCGACAGUUGGUGAAGAAUGACGGCUGGACAUACUGUCAAACAGAGUUCUCUUCUGAUGCCCAAGAGCUUGCCUUUUUGUUGACCGAGGUACUGCUGGGGUUUAUUUUCCCAUUUUCUAUCAUGGCAUUUGCUUAUAUCCGCCUCCAUUAUAAAGUGAACCAAACAGAAUUCUUUAAUAAUCCACGGAUGACCAGACUGGUGACCAGUAUCACUGUGAUCUUUUUUGUUCUCUGGAUACCAUAUCACAUCGUUAAUGUGACGAAUGUGGCAGCUAUUCUGCUCAGGAAUCAGGUCCUGUUGAAGUCUGUUAUGGGAAUUAGAAAAACUGUUGGAGCUCUAACUUUUGUUAACAGUUGCCUGGAUCCACUCCUUUAUGCCUUUGCCUCUAAAAACAUUUGCACUGCCUGUGGUAAUGUUUGAACACACCUACUUCUGUUUAUACAGAAGCUGAUCACUGCAACACAUUUAUGUGUCUAAUCAUUUGAGGUAAAUACGUAUGGCAACAGAAAGCCACAGUUCAAGAAUCAAGAUAACUUUAUUUGUCAUGAGGGAUAUUUGUCUUUGACAUAGUUUAGACCACCAUGUAAGAAAUACACAGA